GUAGAGUAGUGAAAAGUUAUGCUUCUAUUAUAAAUAUUUUCAUUUAAUAUAUAGGCAAGGAGCUUGAUAUGGCAGCAGUCAUAAAGAUAUUUGGUUCUUCUGAUGACCAUUACAUGACAAUAGGGGCUGGAUUGAAUGUAAAGACGACUGAUCUCAAACCAAUACCAGGAACAGCAAGUACCAAUCUUAAUUUGGUAUUCCAGAGGUGGUUUGAUGCUGAUAGAGAUGUUAGUUGGGGUAGAUUAAUGAAACUUUGUGAUGACUUUCCUGAUAAACUAGGCAAAGCAAAAUCUAAUCUUCUGGCACAUAUAGGUGCAGAAAAAGAUAAGAAAGAAUUGGCAGAAACUGUUACAAGACAAAAUAAUGUCAAGAAAUUAAAAGUGGAAGAUGAAGAUGAAGAAGACAUGCCAGAUAUCAAUUGAUUCAUGACAUUAGGAUAUUUACAUGUAGUGAACUAAACAUUGUUAAAUUUUAGAG